CCGCGCCUGUGUGUGGUUUGUGUGUGUUGUGUGCGCGCGGCUACUUUAGCUCUGUCAAACGGAUUAUCGUUUCACCGGAGAGUGAUAACAAAGAUGUCUGUGAAGGAUUCACACCGUGUUUUGGACAGACUCCCAGUGAAGGUCUGGUUUUAUUAGACCGAGGAAUGAAGAGUAAGAAACAGAAGUCUGUCAAAGCUGGAAGCAACAAAAGGAAAGUCCCCAGUGAUGUGUCUCCCUCAACAAGCCUCCCACCUCUUGUUGAGGGCCAGCUGAGAUGCUUCCUGCGCGUGACAGUAAGCAGGGUGUUAUGGACAGUCCACAAGCCUCCUUCUCCAACAUUCAUACGGCUGCGCUGGUGGGGAGAGUCAUCCGACGGGACGUACUUCUUUCCAAGAGAUGGAUCUCAGGUUGCUCAGAAAAACGUCAAGAGCACAGCUCGUUACCCCAUCCGCUGCAGCCCAAAGCAGUUCACCUCAUACCUCACAGAUAUGGGCUCUGUGGUGCUGGAAGUUCUGACUAAACCGGAUCAUUUACCAAUUGCUCGGGCUCAAGUAGCUGGCCUUUCCCGUCUGUCUCUGUCACAACCUAUCAGUGGAUUUUACACUCUUGUGUCUCCAACCUCUGAAAAGCUGGGAGAGGUCCAGGUUUCCCUUAAUUUGGAGCCUUUAACCGAAGUCUAUGAAUGCCAAAGCUCAGGUCCUGCUACAGACUUCAGCACUGAAAGGAUGCAGGUACCCAGACUGACGGUACCCUCUCAGCCCAUAUCACUCUCAGCUGGAAGUGGGAAAGAAUCAGCCGGGAGCAGUGGUCAAAACACACCGAGAGGAAAAGAUCACCUGUAUUUUCAAGCUGUCAAGAAGGACAAGGAGACAUUGGAGAAUCUGAUUCCUACAUCAUCCAGCAGAUCUCCAAACAGUCAAACUCUUGUGAAUCCCACGACUGUGGAGCCUUGUCCUGGGCAGAGAAAUGACGAUAUCAUCUCAGUCCUUCUGGAGCGUGGAAACAAGCUUAGAAAUGCAAUGGUGGAAUCAGCUUUAAAAUGUGACAUGGACUCUGCUCUUCCUCUAAAAGACAGCCCUCUGCCUCUACCCAAGGAUAACAUCCAGCCCCCUAUACCCUCCUUCCCUUCUAGAUCAGGUGUUUUACUUCAAGAUCUCCUCCAUGCAGACUCGGCCCCGAAGCACCCUGAUAAUGGAGCCUUCCCCUCAGACAGCGGCUUGGACUGUCUUCCAGACAUGGACAAAAGAGCUGUGGAUCUGCUGCUUGGCAGCUCUAUUACAUCUUUCUUGCCACUCUGGGAUGUGCAAGGCUCCCCUCCUGAAUCUCUCUCUAGCCACAGCAAUGUGUGCUCAGACAGCGAGCUCAAUGAUCCACUGUAUGAUCAGAGCUUACUGGAAAACUUGUUUUACAAAACUCCUCACUCAGAUACUAGACCAGAUGUUGCAGGGGAGGACGGUCAAGGAACAACAUCAAGUAAAAGUCAGCCAGAGAAAGUGACGCAGUCUGGACCGAGGCUCAGUAAAAGUCCAAACUUAGAUCAACAGCUGUCUGCAGAUGGUGGUGAUGACAUCGGUCCUCCGCUCAGUGCAGAGCGCUUCAAGUUGCUGAGUUCAAUACGAAUAGCAAGAGUCACCAUCGAGUCACUGGCUUUACCUUCAGGCAGCUCAGCCACAACAACCAAAAAGGCCCUCAAAGGGAAACCUCCACGACCAUUUCCCAGCAAGAAGUGUACAUAUUUUGUGGAGUACGUUUUUCCGACGACUUCCGCCUCGGGUCAGUCUGGUCGCAGUAAGGCUGGAGAUGUAGAGGUGACCAGAGCCGUUUCCAGCAAAGUCGCUGUUGGAGCUGUGAACUUCCACCAGCUCUCUGUGUUUCCUGUCCACUUCAACGCAGCAGCAAUCAAACGGUGGUGGGAAACCGAGCUCAUUUUUAAGAUUUACUCAAGAAAGAGCGACCAGAAGAAACCUGUUGCUGUCGGUGAGGCUGUUCACCCUCUGCGCUCUCUGCUGCAGAGCAAGGAGCUCAGUCAGUCUCUCAGUUUGCUGGUGCAGAGCUUGGAGGGAACACAGGACGUUGGUCCGCUCAGGGUCUCCAUAGAAUUAGGAACACACAGCAAAAGUUUCUCCGCUGAAAAGACUGAAACGGUGGCUGCAAGAGACGCGGCACCUUCGAAAGCUGCAGGCAGUUCUGAAAGAGAGAACGUUCGAAGAUCUCUACAUGUGGACUCUGACGGGGAGUCCUUAACGGUUCCCCCUUUAGACCAUCCCAGGCUGAAUGUUUGGACUCCCCAGGAACCUGUGAAAGGACCAUCAAAUCAUCCUGAGAUCCGAACAUCUCCUAAAUCCUCCCAGCAGGUCGAAGCGGACCCUGAGAUCCUUCUGCAUGCCUUACUCAUGGUUCCAGACGGGAAGAACUUCAGCUGCGGCCCUCUGCAGGCUCCAAACAUCUUCUUGAACUGUAAGUUGUUCUGGUGUGAUGAGACGGCGAGAUCCACUGUCAGCUGGGGCCAGGCAAACCCCACGUUCAACUUUGUUCAGGUGACACCCGUGGGCUUAACAACCAAACUUUUAGAGCGGAUGAAGAAUAACAUGAUGGUGAUUGAAGUGUGGCAGAAAACCGGAAGCUCUGGGAACGAUCGUCUCCUCGGCCUUGUUAAAUUGCCUUUACACCAGUUCUACAUGUCAUUUAGAGAUCCCAAGAUCACCCAGCUCCUUCUGCAGGCGCAGUACCCUGUUUUAGGGGUCGACUGCUACAUGCCCGUCAUCGACGUGUUCUCUGGGAGCAGCAGAGGAAACCUCAGGGUCGUUCUGGCCAUGGGCCGGGCCGAGCAGAUCGUCUCCCUCCAGCGCUCCAGAGAUCAGGAGUACGACUCUUUGUCUCACACGUUGAGACCGGUUCACAUGCUUGACCACCAGCCACACUCGCAAACAAAGGUGAAUCCAGCGCCAGUGAAAAUUAUGCGAGAGCACGUGUUUGUUAUAAGAGUGGAGAAGGUCAGCGGGCUGACCCCUCUGCAGUCUACAGUGUGGGGGGAGGCGGACUGCUUUGUUCAGUACGCCUUCCCCUCUCAGGAGUUUAACGCCGGUUCAGAUCUUGAGCAAAAUCUCACAGAGAGCAGCUUGAACCUGCAGCCGUUUCGCACCACCACCACGCUGUGUGUCCCAGACCCGGUGUUUGGUCACACCGAGACGCACGUUCUCCUGGCUCCUGAAGGAGUCCCCGUCCAGCGGCUGCUGCUCAGCUGCCUGUCGAGCCGAGGCCUGAGCAGCGGUGGAGGCAUCCAGUUCGAAGUGUGGUGCAGAUAUUAUUAUCCAAAUGUCAGAGAUCAGCUCGUGGCCAGAGGAUUGCUUCCCCUGUCCAAAUUGUGCGCCAUGGCAACCAUGCAGAGGCAACAUCCAAACGAGGCUCAGACGUUCUCGCUGCCCCUGAUUCCCAGGACGGAGGGCCACUCAGGAAUUCAACCUCAACCUUCCGGUUUACUGGAUAUUUGCAUUCGGUACAACCAUAGGCCUUUCCGACAUGAAGGACAGACUGGUAGAGGAGCAGCUUCCCGUGUCGUGACGCUCGUGGUUGAAGUGCACAGAGCGUCUGGUCUGAAGGCGGCAGCUAGGGCAAUAUCCGAAGAAAACGAUCAGUUCAGCUAUUUAUUGGAUGUCGGGGUGAACCCUUUCGUCACGGUUCACCUGUCCUUCUUACCUGAGAGCGAGAGGAGGUGCACCCGUACGGCAGCCAGGACCUUCUGCCCUGAAUUUGACCACCGCAUGGAGAUGACCUGUGAUCUGCUGUUUCACACGAGCAGUGGAGAAACCUGCAGCCUGGCUGAGCAGCUGGAGCAGGCCUCCGCUGUCUUUACUGUCUGGAACAGAGACAAUCGCAAAGCAGUGAACGCUCCUCAACUAACGGAGACCAUGUUGGGUACUGUGAAAAUACCGUUGGUUGAUCUUAUCCGUAAAAGAACAGGUAUUUCUGGCUGGUUCGGGCUUUAUUUAGUCCGUGAAAAACGUCCUUCGCAGCCGGGCCACAUCUUGGUCGGUGGCCUGGAGGCUUCCAUCAGCUUUGCCCACCACUCCGACAGAGAAAAGGUUAUUAAAGCCGCUCGGGGUUUGGGCUGGGAAACGGCCCACGGCGACCGCGCUCCGCAGGACGACGAAGAAUGCUGGGAAGGAGCCUCGAGAAAACUCUCUCUCACUUUUUCAAUGCCUAAAGCGUGGCUCCCUGUCCGUUGUCUGUUUGCGCCGGGCCUCUGGGAGCUCCAGCGCUCCACCUACUGCUACCUCAGGUACAAGUUCUUCGACCAGGACGCCUUCUGCUCUCGGCUGAAGCACCCGUGCGUCGAGGAAGGCGGAGAGGGCGACCGAGCCACUGUGAGUUUUGAAGGUAGUCGAACAGUGGAGCUGGGAGUCAGCCAGCCGUUGAUGUGGUAUCUGAGGGAGGAGAAGCUGGAGGUGCAGGUUUGGGUCACCUUCUCCAAAAACAGAACCACAAGGCCGAGUGACUCCGACCGACUGGUGGGGUCUGCUUUUGUCGAUCUGUCCUCUCUUGCAAAGACUCCUGAGCAGAAGCUGUCCCUAAGUGGAGUAUACCCUCUGUUUAUGCGCUCUGCGGUCGAUCUACAAGGUGCAGCUCUCAGGGUGCACAUCACAGCUUCGGCCGGCGACGUUCCCACGCGUCUGUCCGCUGCACACGGCACCCAGGUGGACUCUGACAGUCAGAAGGAGAUCUUACUGGAGGAAGUGGCAGACGCAGACAGCUCCCUGUCCUCUGUGACUCCGACAAAAUCAUCCCAGCCCCGAAGCACGCACAGGAGUAAACCGUCAGGAGAAACCCCAGACAUCACGUCUGUGCUCCACACAGAGGUGAGCGUGGAUGAGUCCUUCCCUGUGACUGUGGCAGUGGACCGAGCCAUGCACCUGAAUCUGAAAGGUUGUCCUCUAGCUGAGCGCGCUGAAGGGACUCCUUGCUGCUGUGUUUCCUACGUCACAGCUGACUCCUCUGAGCCGGUCUCCACAUCUGUUGUAACCAACACCGACUGCCCUGUGUGGGACCAUCAGCACGAGUGCAGGCUUUCGAAGGAGCUGCUGGUCGAUCCACAACAGUCUCUUGUGUUUAAAGUCUGGCAUAAAGGAGAAAUAGAACGGGUGAUUGGAUUUGCCAGUGUAGACCUGUCUCCUUUACUCUGGGGUUUCCCGUCGGUGUGCGGUUGGUACAACAUCACGGACUUCGGCGGUCAGUGUCACGGUCAGAUUAAAGUGUCCGUAACGCCUCUGAGGGGAGUCCAGGAGCUGCGUGGGCAGAGAAGAGACGUGACUGAAGAGGCUGCCAAAAACUCAUCAGCUUUGUUUCAGGCCACUGCUCUCAACUAUCAAACCACAGCCGUGUACAGCAGCUUCCCCUCCCACAUCAGCAGAUUCCCAGAGCAGAAGAUCUCAUCGCCAAACCACAGCGACACGCUGUUCUCUGAAAGGCCCAGUGAGAACGAUCGGCAUUUCGAGCACAUGGACAAAGUACGUCUUUACCAUCAGAAUCUGCAAGAGCAAGUGGCGUCUCACUCUGCGUGUGGCAACUCAACCAGUGACAUUAACCCCUCCAGCUCAUUUUUGUUUUCAGCGCUCAGGAGAAAACUUAGCGAGCUGGACAACAUUCAGAGAUACUUUAAUCGUAAGCUCUCUACUCCUACGUUCCCACCUCUGAGCGAACAAGACGUAAACAACCAAGACGCGGAUCCAGGGAUCUUGGAGACCGACACAAGUCAGCUGCUCCUCAAGUCCAACCAGCUUGUCGGGGAGGUCAACAACAUCAUCAGUGGCCUACGGGGUCACGUCUUAGAAACGAUUCCCUCCGACACUCAGAGCUCCUCAAACUCCCCCGUUGAACGCAGCAGCCCUCGGGUCACCCCCGGCAGCCUGUCCCACCCAAACACGGCGACCGAUGAUCGUUUGGACGUUGGAUCUCCGCCGCCGCCGUCACUGCCCAGCGCGGACAACACGGACUCUGACCACGAUGAGGAAAGGGACAAACAAAGCAGCAAGGACGACCUGUCAGAGGAUGAACACAAAGAGGAGACAGAUGUUAGAUCGGAUAAGGAAGCUGGUGAAGAAGAAGAAGAAGAAGAAGAAGAAGAGGAUUUCGAGGAGGUGGUGCUGAAGCCGAGGCCACUAAACGAGGUUACAUCGUUAACAGACAGAACUAGUCCCUGGACCAGCAUCCUGUCAGACCCUGAUCUGGUUUCUGUCGAGAGCAUCCAGGAGUCAGAUAUGAGUGAGGAUGAGGACAGAAGUCUGGUGGUAAACCUAGAAAGUUGCAUUUCCAGUGAGAAACACACAGAAAGUGUUUGCCAUCAUAGCUCUGAUGAGUCCGCAAGAGACACGUCACAAACAGAGAGAGAUGAUAACAGGAAGCGGCUGUCUGUUGAUCAGGCUCAACGAAAGGAGUCAAGCAGCCCCGACAAGUCUGACGACACAUCUGCAGCUCCACAGCCUGCCGCUGGCACACAGGACACUUCAGGAGCUCAGGACACGCUUCAACCAUUAUUACCCGUGGAAGUCCCUAAUUUCUUCCUGCCCUCUCACCAACUGGAGGCGUCACUGAGAACCAUUCGCUUGGCGCCUUCUUUCUCCCACGCAUCGUAUGACUCUGGUCAGACCUCCUCAGAUCACCGCAGCGUUGCCCCUCGCAGAGGUCCUCGGCGGCGACCCGACAUGUCACCUUCGUCCCUGAAGAAGCAGACGGACAGAAUAGCGAAAAUAUUUGCUGCUCAUUUUGAUAAGUCCACUUAGCACUGCUUGCUGUUCACACUGCUGUACACACGCAAUCAUGUACAUUAAUUGUUAUGUUUGUAUGUUUUAUAAAUAAAUAUUGACAAUUUU